GGCGGCUUAUUCGCUGCUGUGGGACGGAGAGGAUUCAUAUGCAUCGAGUUGGUAAACAGGUUCAAGUGUUGAUUUGAGUGUGUUCUCGCUGCACCAUGCACCCUCUCUAACACACUCCUCACCGAUGGGACUGAGGCCAGCCGCUUGGACGGUGCGGACACAUCAGCAGCAGCUCAUGCAUCACAUUUUAUGAUCCCCGCGCUUGUGGCAUAGAUGCGGUCCGGCUGAAGAGCAGGCAGGCAGGCUGUCUUUACCAGAGACUUGAUGGGACUCGAGUCGACCCGGGCAGGCUCCGCCGAGUGAAGUGGCCUCCUUAUGGGACGGUGACGGUGUUUAUUCCCAGUGACGGACCAGGCAGGCGGGCGGCUCUCAGCCCUGCUGUCUUCACCUUCUCCAAGGGGGGAAACGGCAAAGUGUUUCGGGGUUUGAUUUUCUCCUGUGGUGUCUGUGUGGAGCGUGCCACACACCCACUCCACAACAACGACGGCUUUUGCUUGCAUCUUCCAGUGUUUCUUCUGUCAGCAAGUCCAGCAGAGCUGCAACUCUUCCAGUGCCAGCCCUGACACCAGCGAGGAGCCCUGCCCCAUUGACAUGGUGAAGAUGACCAAGUCAAAGACCUUCCAGGCUUACCUGCCUACCUGCCACCGCACCUACAGCUGCAUCCACUGCCGGGCACAUCUGGCCAAUCACGAUGAGCUCAUCUCAAAGUCAUUUCAAGGAAGUCAAGGAAGAGCCUAUCUCUUUAACUCAGUGGUGAACGUCGGCUGCGGGCCAGCUGAGGAGCGGGUACUCCUUACAGGUUUACAUGCUGUGGCUGAUAUCUACUGUGAAAACUGCAAAACCACCCUUGGCUGGAAAUAUGAGCACGCGUUUGAGAGCAGUCAAAAGUACAAAGAGGGGAAGUUCAUCAUCGAGCUGGCGCACAUGAUCAAGGACAACGGAUGGGAUGUACGCCCGCCGCCCGAUGCCCGCCGCCGCCGCGCUGCCGUCGUCGCCCGCGCUCCCCUUUUCUGACCUUUUGAAUGCUCUGUAUUGAACUGCGUGGAGCAACAACCAUCGACCACCGUGCCCGACCCCCUCCCCCUCCCCCCCCCCCCCCUCCCCCUCCUCCUCCCACCUCCUUUUUCGCCUCUUUUCACGUGCACACACCCCACCUGCUCAUCGUGAAAACCGAAAAAGAACAAUGACGUGAGAGACGAUGAUGAAGAGGAGGGAAAAAAGAGAGAGAGAGAGAGAAAAAAAAAAAAAACUUGGUCACAGGAAUCCUCUCGUUACUUUGAAGAUUGUGUGUGAUUCUCCUUCGCGGCUCCGGAGCUCGGGGUUUGACUUUGGCUCCGCCCCCCUCCGCCCUCCCCCCUCCUCCCCCUCCCCCUUCCCAGAUACAACCGCUUACAAGUGAUUGUGGUGAUUUGGCGACCACUAUGCGACAGGAGAUAGACUUCACUCAGAGGACAUUUCUUUUCUUUUUCUUUUCUUUCUUUCUUUCUCGCCCCCCCCACACACACAGUGAGACGAAGGAGGAGGACGACGACAUCGGGUUGUUGUUGUUUUUUUUUAUUUAAUUUUAUUUUUAAAUGUCGUUUUCUAUAGUUUUAACUAAUGGGUUUGGCAUGGUUUUUGGUGUGAUGGCAGAUGGAUGUUACUGGUUAGCAUUUCUUUCCCUGUCCGUCUCGUUCUGAUUUCGGUCCGUCUCUCCGCCCGCAGCCGAGCGUUGCGUUCUCCUCUGCGAGUGUCCAAAUGGGAAUCAGGGACGGGCGAGGGCGUGGAGGCAGCGGGGGUUUCUGUAGUUACACAUAUGUAGCAGCAUCUUGCUUUUAAAAAAAAAACAAACAAAAAACAAAACACAGCGGCGAAGGACGGGAUCGCGGUAGUGUGGGAUUUUAUACCCGUUAUGUUUUCCGUUUUUAUCUUUUUAUUCUUUCUUUCUUUCUUUCUUGUGAUUUUCUUCAUCCCCCUCCCCUCCUUCUGGUACUGUUCAGCACCCGAAAAGCAUUGAAAGCAGCACCUAGUAUUCGUUUGACAUAAAUGGAUAUAUACAUAUACAUAUAAAUAUAUAUAAAUAUAUAAAUAGAUAUAUAUAGAUAUAUAAAUACUUGUAGUGUUUGGCUAAAUGCGAUUGUGGCUGGUCCCAUUUUGCAGAAGUACCACAAGAAAGACUCUAGACAGGGGAACCGAACAUCAGCGUCCACAUGUCAUAAAACAUUAUGGCCGACUGUUUUUACUCCAUUGUCUAGCGAUGAAAUCUGAUGAGACACAACUGCAUACGAAUAUAUUUAUUCUAUAACUACAUAUCCAUAAAUACUAUGGAGAUUAUUCAUAGUACGUAGAUAUCGGAUCAUGGAUUUAUACAGAUUGAUAUUUGCUCUCAUGCGCACGUGUGUGUAUAUGCAUAUGGUGUAUGUGUGUAUACGCAGUGUGUGCGUGUGUGUUUACGCAUUACACAGUGGCAUACUUGAACGAAGCGACUUGGUUUGCACUUUGCAGAGGCCUCUGGUUCAUGAGCUUAGAGGCAAACGUUUGUCCAGUUCCAUGGCCUUUUCACAGACGAGCGACAGAUUGUUGAAGACACUUUGAAUGAAAGCGGGAGCCCGAAGGUCACAGGUGUGACUUUUUUUAAGGAUCGGGCUAAAUGAAAUGUUUUUUUUUUUUUUUAAGCCUUCACCGGCCACAUCGGCAGCCCUUACCGAAAAGCGACUUCGUUGAAAUUACACAGACAGCUUUGCUCCGCUGCUCGGCUCCCACUUUUUUUUUUUUUUUUAAUUCAGCAAAACACCGCUUUGCAGAGUCAAACAUAAUUUGCGAUACUUUCUGCUGCUAAUCCUUGAAAACAUCAUUCGGUCCUGAUGAUUUUUCUUUUUUUUUUUUUGUUGGUGUUUUGGCACUUUAUGCUCAUCUGGCUUACCGCGGCGUCUGAAUCGUCACUUUCUUUGUCGGACGGCGUCUUUUUCCAUUUGCCUCUAAGCGGUAUGAAUCAUGCGCCUCUUCAAAAAAAAAAAAAAAAAAAAGAAAAAAAGAAGAAAAAAAACAAAGGAGAAGAGAAUCGCCUCCCCUUUUUUUCCGUUGUGCAGCGCAUAACUCCGAAACCUACGUGUGAACCGACGUGUCUUCCCCUUCUGGUUCAAAGCGGCCCUCAGAAAAA